AUGCCGCUAAUCAAGCGGGCAGUCUCACCAGUAGACGUUAGUCGGGUAAAAAUACCACCAGAAGUUACAAAUGGAGAACUUCAAUACGUGGCAAAUAGCUCAUUGGCGAAUCUUAUUAGACAGUUGAGCUCUAUCAGCAAGCAUGCAGAGCACAUAUUUGGUGAAAUCUACUUAGAAGCGAUGAAGUUGGAUCAUAAAUCCAAUACCCUUGAAAAGCGGAUAGCAAACCUCACAGAAAAGGUGUCCAAGUUGGAUUCAACCAAUGAGCAGGGUGAGUCAAAACAAGUCUUUUCGGCUUAUCUCAUGAGCAAACCCAGCUUGGGUGAACUACAAAUGCGGAAACCUUUCAAAAGUUCUAUGCUAGUUGAUCAGCAUACUUUGGACAGAAGCACGUUGCCAGUAGCUCUCGCUGAA